CAUAUCGUUGUGAAGGACAGCAAACAAGUAGUACAAUCGCUUACGGACGAAGACAUCGCUACCAUUCAGAAGUUGAGUAAAGAUCCUCGGAUUGCAGAAAGAAUAAUAGCUUCAAUGGCCCCAUCCAUAUAUGGCCACGACUAUAUUAAACGCGCACUUGCGCUGGCUCUAUUUGGUGGAGAGUCCAAAAACCCCGGUGAUAAACACAAAGUUAGAGGCGACAUAAACUUACUUAUAUGCGGCGGCCCAGGAACGGCAAAAUCUCAGUUUCUUAAGUACACGGAAAAAAUAGCGCCACGUGCAGUUUUCACGACCGGACAAGGGGCCAGUGCUGUAGGCGUGACUGCCUAUGUUCGUCGAAAUCCAAUAUCGCAUGAAUGGACUUUGGAGGCAGGCGCCCUGGUACUGGCGGAUCAAGGUGUAUGUCUUAUUGAUGAGUUUGACAAAAUGAACGAUCAGGAUCGAACUUCCAUUCACGAGGCCAUGGAGCAGCAAUCGAUUUCCAUAUCAAAAGCUGGUAUUGUGACGUCUCUACAAGCACGAUGUACUGUUAUUGCAGCUUCUAAUCCGAUCGGCGGCAAAUAACACCAACAUCGAGGGACUUAAUCGAAGUAAGUACCCGAUUAAUUUGCUGGCUUUUCUGGGUAAACAGAUUUUCCCAAAUUGCUGCCUUUUCAUUGAUUGAGUAAGCAACGCCAUAGUGAGUUAUUCAAUACCUACUUUUUGUUGUUAACCGUUUAUUCGAGGCCUAAUUGGUUUGUGUUUUUUAUCAGGGAUUGCUGGCAUAACGACAUGCUGCGUAUCGUGCGA